GCCGAGCCGGACCCGACUCGGGCGGCGGGUACCACGGUUACCGCGUACUCUGCUGUCCCAUCAUCCCGGUCGGCCGCGCGCGCACACGGGCCCCACUGGGCGGGGAAGGGGGCCCGGGCCACGCGCCGGCACCGCCGCCCACGCGCGACCCUCGGAGGCCCGGCCGCUAUACCCUUUUGUCUGGGGGGCCUCGCUUCAUGCUGCCGCUCCUAGCGCGCUGCGUGCCCAGCCGCGCCGAGCAGGGCUGUUUCUAGGUCUGAGGUUCCCACUCUGGCCCCAUUACCCACCAUUGCUGCUGGAGAAUGAACCAGCCUCAGAGGAUGGCACCUGUGGGCACUGACAAAGAACUCAGUGACCUCCUAGACUUCAGCAUGAUGUUCCCCCUGCCUGUGGCCAAUGGGAAGGGCCGGCCCACCUCCUUGGCCGGCACACAGUUUGGAAGUUCAGGUCUUGAGGACCGGCCCAGUUCCGGCUCCUGGGGCACCAGCGACCAGAACAGUUCUUCCUUCGACCCCAGCCGGACCUACAGUGAAGGCACCCACUUCAGCGAGUCCCAUAGCAGCCUAUCUUCAUCUACAUUCCUGGGACCCGGGCUUGGAGGUAAGGGCAACGACCGGAGCACGUAUACUCCCUUUGGGAGAGACCCAGGUGUUGGCAGCUUGACUCAGGCUGGCUUCCUGCCAGGCGAGCUGUCCCUCAGCAGCCCUGGGCCGCUGUCCCCAUCAGGCCUCAAGAGCAGCUCCCAGUUCUUCUCCUACCCCGGCAAUCCCCGACGGAGAGCUGCAGACGGUGGCCUGGACACGCAGCCCAAGAAGGUCCGGAAGGUCCCGCCUGGUCUUCCAUCCUCGGUAUACCCACCCAGCUCAGGUGACGACUAUGGCAGGGACGCCGCCACCUACCCAUCUGUGAAGACCCCCAGCAGCGCCUAUCCUGCCCCCUUCUACAUGGCAGACGGCAACCUACACCCCUCCGCUGAGCUCUGGAGCUCUAUGGGCCAGGCAGGCUUUGGGCCCAUGCUAGGCGGGGGCUCUUCCCCCCUGCCCCUCCCUGCAGGCAGCAGCAGCUCCGUGGGCAGCAGUGGCAGUAAUGGCGGCACAUUUGGUGGCCUGCACCAACAUGAGCGCAUGGGUUACCAACUGCAUGGGGCAGAGGUGAAUGGUGGGCUUCCAGCCGUGUCCACCUUCUCCUCAACCUCUGGAGCCACGUACGGCAGUGUCUCCAGCCACACACCACCCGUCAGCGGGACUGACAGCCUAAUGGGCACCCGAGGGACCAUAGCCAGCAGUUCUGGGGACGCCCUUGGGAAGGCACUGGCCUCGAUCUACUCCCCAGAUCACUCAAGCAAUAACUUCUCAUCUAGCCCCUCUACCCCCGUGGGUUCCCCACAGGGUCUGGCAGGGACGUCACAGUGGGCCCGCGCGGGAGCCCCAGGUGCCUUAUCCCCCAGCUACGACGGGGGUCUCCAUGGCCUGCAGAACAAGAUGGAAGAUCACCUGGAUGAAGCAAUCCAUGUGCUCCGAAGCCAUGCUGUGGGCACAGCUGGUGACAUGCAGGGACUGCUGCCCAGCCAUGGGGCACUGGCCUCAGGCUUUUCCAGCCCCAUGCCGCUGGGUGGGCGGCACACCAGUAUGGUUGGAGGCAGCCACACAGAGGAUGGCCUCACAGGCAGCACCAGCCUCCUGCACAACCAUGCAGCACUCCCCAGCCAGCCCAGUGCACUCCCUGACCUCUCACGGCCACCUGACUCCUACAGUGGGCUUGGACAUGCAGGUGCAGCAGCAGGUGCUGGCGAGAUUAAGCGGGAGGAAAAGGAGGAUGAAGAGAACACUUCAGUGGCUGACAACUCAGAGGAGGACAAGAAGGAGCUGAAGGCGCCCCGGACCCGGACCAGCCCAGACGAGGACGAGGACGACCUUCUCCCCCCAGAGCAGAAGGCCGAGAGGGAGAAGGAGCGCCGAGUGGCCAAUAAUGCCCGCGAACGGCUGCGGGUCCGCGACAUCAAUGAGGCUUUUAAGGAGCUGGGGCGCAUGUGCCAGCUGCACCUCAACAGUGAGAAGCCCCAGACCAAACUGCUCAUCCUGCACCAGGCCGUGUCAGUCAUCCUGAACUUGGAGCAGCAAGUGCGAGAGCGUAACCUAAACCCCAAAGCAGCCUGCUUGAAACGACGGGAAGAGGAAAAGGUAUCAGGCGUGGUUGGAGAUCCCCAGAUGGUGCUUUCAGCUGCCCACCCAGGUCUGAGUGAGGCCCACAAUCCUACUGGGCACUUGUGAAAGGUACACCAUCGUGGGACAAGUGACCCAGCCUUAGCCCUUAUCCUGGGCUCAGGUCUCCCAGAACAGUUGUACAAGGCAUUGGGUAUUCAUCUGCAAAGUGGGCCAGAUGGGCCACAUUUCACACACCUGUCAGUGUUGAGGUAAUGCCUGACGUAAUGAGGUUCCAAGUGAUGGGCUAUGAAGGUGAUACCAGCUCCAGGAGCUUCUUGGGCUCACUGGCCCACCCGCUACCGUCCUCAAACCUCUGCUCCCAAGUCUCAGCCACCGUGACGCCCUGUGAUGUGCCCCUUGGAUCCUGAAGCUGUAUCUUGGCCCCAUUGCCUGGGCUGAAAGGAGCAAUUUUUUUUUUAAUUUUUCUUUUUUGUAAACAAAACCAGAAAGCAAGCAACAAAAUAUAUACUUUGUCAAAAAGGAAAAAAAAAUGCCUUAACUGUAAAACAUGAAUCAAAACAUAUCACUCACUUGAGAGAGAUGCUGUGCAAACUGGCUUGUUCUUCAAAAGCCACCAGCAAAUUGUGCCUAAGCGUAUUUUUUUUUAAAGAAAAAUAAAAAGAAAGUUAGUUACAAGAUUUUUUUUCUUAAUGUAGAAGAAAAUUAGCAAGGAUAAUGCCUUGGUCUUUUUUUUUAAAGCUUUUUUUGCAUAUGUUUUGUAAGCAACAAAUUUUUUUGUAUAAAAGUCUCCUGUCUCUUGCUAUUUCUGCUGCUGUUUCUAAAACUAAGCAUUGCAUUUCAUGAUCAAGCAGAUUAUUAAAAUUUGUAUUAAAAAG